AUGCAGUGGUGGAAAUCUGUUUUCGCCCUUUUGCUUACCAUCUCGCCAGCUCUUGCCAUCUGGCCGGCACCGAUGAAUAUAACCACCGGAAAAAAUGUUCUUUGGCUCGAGGACGAUGUACUGGUCACAUAUAACGGAUAUCCGCUUAUGAAGGAAGCCAUGAGUGAGCCUUCUUCGAAUGAAGAGUUUCUCUAUGCUGGUGUCCAACGCACGCUAGAUAAUAUCUUCCACAAUAGCUAUGUGCCGUGGAAAUUUUAUGACAGAAAUGCUCUUGAGUCAACCGAGCCCAGCGUGGAAGCGAAAAAAACUUAUAUCAGACUUUUGAAUAUCACCUUGGCUGGCAAACAAGAUAUUGACGAGAGUUACGAGCUCACUAUAACAAGCAAUGGGAGUGCGUCCAUUGAGGCUAACUCCACAUUCGGUGUCCUUCAUGGCCUGGAGACAUUUUCGCAAUUCUUUGCUAAGCAUAGCAAGAGCGGUAUUUAUACUAUACAAGCGCCUGUUCGCGUUUUCGACAAGCCUAUGUAUGAGCAUCGCGGUGUGUUACUCGACGUUAGCAGGAGCUACUACAAGACGGAUGCAAUUUACAGGACUUUAGAUGCUAUGUCUUGGAACAAGCUAAAUAGACUCCACAUUCAUGUCACGGAUGCCCAAUCGUGGCCCUUGGAAAUCCCUUCUAUCCCAUCACUCUCAAACGAGGGAAGUUAUUCUCCUGAAACAGUGUACACGACUACCGACAUUGAGAACAUUCAGAAGUAUGGUUCUUUGCGCGGUAUUGAGGUCUAUUUUGAGAUUGACACCCCUGGACAUACCUCGAGCAUUGCGUUUUCUCACCCUGAGCUGGUUGCAGCCUUUUCGGCGGCUCCAUAUAUCCUAUACUGCAACGAACCGCCGUGUGGCACUCUGAGACUGAAUGAUUCGGCCGUCGACAUCUUUUUAGACAAGCUCAUGGGAGAUCUGCUACCAAGGCUAUCGCCGUAUUCUUCAUAUUUUCAUACAGGCGGUGACGAAGUCAAGUACAAUGCUUAUACAUUGGACCCGACUGUUGGUACAAAUAAUAGCGAUGUCAUCAACGAGUUGCUUCAGCGAUUCUACAAUAAACAGCACGCGCGUGUUAGGGCUGCCGGAAUGAAGCCGAUGGUAUGGGAAGAAGUUCCCCUUAACUACAACGUGACCAUUGGCUCUGAUGUCGUGGUGCAGACGUGGUUAAGUGCUGACUCGGUGAAAGCGGUUACAAGUCUGGGUAACCGUGUUAUUGACAGUGGCUAUGACUACUGGUACCUUGAUUGUGGCCGCGGUAACUUUCUAAACUUCAACAAUGGGGAAGAUUACCAGAUGAACUACCCAUUCCCUAGUUGGUGUGACCCGUUCAAGAACUGGAUAUUGGUUUACUCUCAUGAUCCUUCGGCUGGGCUGACGAAGAAUGAAUCCUCCUUGGUGCUUGGCGGGGAAGUCGCCGUAUGGAGCGAGUCUAUAGACGAUGUCACGCUAGACUCUCUGCUAUGGCCCCGCGCAUCUGCUGCUGGCGAGGUUCUUUGGUCUGGUCGCAUUGAUCCUGCUACAGGUCAGAACCGUUCGGAAGCUGAAGCAUCCAUUCGGCUGUCGCAGUUUCGAGAGACGAUGGUUGCCAGAGGCGUCAGAGCUUCUUUGGUGGUGAUGCCUUUCUGCACACAAGGCAUGAAUGGAACUAUUUGCGAGGUCACUACUUAG